CAAUUAGUUAAAAGUAAGACGGAUCAGGAUGCAUACUGGGUGGUUUAAUAAUAAAAGGAAGAGACAUUUAAUAUUGUUCUUCGCAAAGUUGUUGUUAUUAUAGGAAAAUAAGCAGUAAAGCCAAAUGACUGUGGCCGUACUCUAAUAAUUUAACACAUAUUGGUAGGACUUUACAGAGUUGAUGGGGUGCUUUGUGAUUGAUUCUUAUAUUUGCUUCCUUCCACCUUCUCUGACGAACCAGACGGCCUUCAGAUCCAUCACCACUGCCCUACUUUCCGAAUCAGGUGGGAAUUAGAUGGCGAACUCGUUCGAGGUUGAAUCACUAGAGAGACAGAGGAGUUUUUGCUUGUGCUUGCCCACACACAGGAUCCACACAGAAAUGGCCGUAGCAGAUGAGAGUUCUGUGACUAUACAAGCGCAAGAACUUCAGAGGGUUGCUUCAGCUCAGUUUAGAAGGCCUAACCUUAAUCUUAUAGAUCACACACAGGAACGAAGAGAUAAAUACCUAAGGUUUUGUGUUCCCCUUCACAAAGCAGCACUGAAAGGUGAUUGGAAAGUAGCAAAGAAUAUCUUAGAUCAAGACCGGAGUCUAGCUUGUGCUGCCAUAACCAGGGGGUGGUCGACGGUACUCCAUGUGGCUGCCGGAGCGAAUCAUGUUCACUUUGUGGAUGAGCUAGUGAAGGAAAUGAACCCAGAAGACUUGGAAUUGCAAGAUGCGACUGGGAACACUGCGUUCAGCAUCGCUGCAGCAACUGGGAAUCUGGAGAUUGUUGAGAUCAUGAAGAGAAAAAACAAAGACUUGCCACUGAUAAGGGGAGGUCAAGGAACCACUGCUCUUCAUAUGGCGGCUUUACAAGGACAAAGGGACAUGGCUUGGCAUCUUUAUGCAGAAACUAUUCGGGCUUUUCAUGAUCAUACUGAUUGGAUAGUACUGCUCUUCUGCUGUGUCAACAAUGAAAUCUACGAUUUAGCCUCGAAGUGUCUAGAGAUGAAUGAAGAUCUAGCUUUUGAGCGAGAUGAUUCAACCAAUGAGACAAUAUUGCAUAUAUUGGCUCGAAAGCCUUUAAGUUCUAUUUGCCAAAGUCAGCGAUAUAGAAAGCGGCUCAUGAAGUCCUGUUUUAGGCAAACUCAACAACUUCAACUAGUAAAAUACUUGUGGAGUAUAUUCCUUAAACAAGAUGAUGCAGUGAUUAUGGGCAACAUAAGAGAACCUUCGCCAGUAAUAUUUAAUGCCGUAGAAGUUGGAAAUUUUGAGUUUCUAGCUGAGCUUAUAAGUACCUAUCCUGAUUUAAUAUGGGAAGUUGAUGAAAAAAAUCGAAGCAUAAUUCAUAUUGCAGUUUUGCACCGUUUAUGCUGAUAUCUUCAAUCUCAUACAUGAUAUUGGCCCAAUCAAAGAUUUCAUAGUAUGUUUUGAGGAUACUGAAGAUAAAGGCAACUUAUUGC